CAGAGAAGAGUUGUCAAAACAGAGGAAAGCGUUUCUUGCUUGGUUAUUUAUUUUAGUGUAUCAAUUCUGUUUUUAAAAAAAGGUUUUUUUUUUCUCUUUUUUUCAAGAGCUAAGCAAAAAUGGCUGCAGAGGAAGGACAAGUGAUCAGUUGCCACACACUUAAGUCAUGGAACGAGCAGCUUCAAAGUGGCAAUGAAUCCAAAAAAUUGGUGGUGGUUGAUUUCACUGCUUCAUGGUGUGGACCCUGCCGUUUCAUUGCACCUUUCCUGGCUGAACUGGCCAAGAAGUUUCCCACUGUCAUGUUUAUUAAGGUGGAUGUGGAUGAGUUGAAGGAGGUUGCUACCGAUUGGGCUGUGGAGGCUAUGCCAACUUUCAUGUUCCUGAAGGAGGGGAAGAUUGUGGACAAGGUGGUGGGAGCAAAGAAAGAUGACCUUCAGCUGACUGUGGCAAAGCAUAUGGCUACUACUAGUUCUGCUUCUGCUUGAUGAUGAUAAUUAUUAGUACUAUCCUUCAUGUUUGGUGGAAUCUAUUAUUACAGAACUCAUCAUUAUGUGCUGCUACAUCUCUAUGUUAUACCUCAAGUUUGUCUUUUGAGUUUUUUUUUUUAUCUUUAUCUGCAUAUGACACAACAUUACAUAAAGCUAGUUUUUGAUGUUUGAUGUGAUUUGAGAAUUUCUUAGUACCACUUGCCUA